GGCGGGCAAAUGGCGGGCCGCCUGGCAGGAGCAAAUGGCGGGCGGCGGCGGGGCCCUGCGGAGCCCGGGCCGGAGGCGGCGGGAGGCAGCCGGCGGUCGGGUACCCGCUCUUCCAGCGCAGCCGGGCCCGGCGGGCUGUGCCCCGGAGCUCGGCCUGCGUUCCUGUGCCCCCGCGCUCCGGCCGGGCCCGGCGGCUGGAGGGGGGGGGGGGGCGCCCGUCCACGAGAACGAGCCCCUGCUGGUGCCGCCGGAGGAGUUCUAACAAUGUCGAUAAUACUUUGUCACUGCCGGAUUAAUUUGUUCAUUAAUCUGCCUAGAGGAAGCAUGCUGGCUAAAAGGAAUUAUUUUUCUCGGUAAAGCUGCUGGUGUAACAUCCCACCUUUUUCUAAUUCUGACCUUUCUUCAAAACACUCUAGCCAAAACAAAGUGCUUCCAGCUGUAACUGGGUGCCCGACACCCGGUGCUGGGCUGUGGGACGGGGUCCAGGACACCCACCGGUGCUGGGCACCCACCCGCCUGUCCCCACGGCGGGGCUCGUGCUGCCGCAGCGGAGCGGCCGAGAGGCCGCAGCCUGGCUGUGCACCCCUCGGUGCGGGCGGGCUUCGGGGGUUUAAACGCAGCUUGUUUGAAAGACACCCGUGUCUUACCUGACAUCCUGUUCUUAUACUCGAACUAAUUGGAGCCUAAUGCCAAAAUAUUUUCGGGCUAAGAAAUCCCGUAUUCUGUUUAAUGUACAAAUGCAGCCAAAACAUCCAUGGAAGGACCCAGGACAUGCUUCAGUGUUUUCUGGGUUGGGAUGUUACUAGCUGCAUAGUGUGAUCUGUUCGUAUAGCUUUGUAGUGGCUGGCACAGUUACUGUCAAACAUGUAACAGUGGGCGUCACAACAAAUUUCUAGUUUCGGGACUUUCUCCUUUAGGGAUGUAGACUGACACCUCAGUUCAUUCACUCCAAAUAGAUCUGUUGACAUUGUGGGUGCACAGGUGUUACAGCAUAUUUAGACUGGCCCCCACCUCAGUUCAGGAGGAAAACGAAAAAAAAAAACAGUACUCAUUUUCAGGGACGGAAGAGUGUUUGUGCAUGUGUGUGUAAAAAACUGAAUUACAGAAAUAUCAUGCUAUCAAAAAGCAUCCUAAAUUACAUAUGUAGUAUUUUUUCUUGCACUGGGUAAUUUCUGUUGAAAUAUUUUAUCAGAUCUAAAGCAGUUCCAGGGGCUGACCAAUCCCAUGGCUGUAAAUGAGCAAAUAAUUUGGUUGACUUUUUUUUUUCCUGACCACUUAAAUAUUGUCAUCCAUCUUCUAGUGCUUUUAAUUCAGCUGAUGCUUGUUUUGUAAAUAGUACCUUAUCCUACAAAUAGAUGUGAGGACCUCAGGAUUUUACUUAGUUUUAGAUGGUCUGUCUGGAAAUUAGGGACUAAGAUACCUGGACAUGCAGGUUUUAGUAUUCUUACAGUUACUUGUUUGGGAUCUUAUAAGAGUGUUGUUUUUAAAAUUGCAGCUUCUGGGACAUUUAAACAAGAGUUGUCUAGUCGUGAGGUCCUUAGGUUUGUCAUAUAAAAAUACUUAAAAUUAUUUUGUAAGCUAACACAGGGAGUGCACUAUUGCAAAUAUAAAUAAUUUAUUAUAAUACAUUCUGAUCUAGAGAUUCUGUUUUGAAGGCCAUUAAGUUGCACUGGAAAAGAACUCAUUGCUCAUAUUGUAGUCAUAUUACAAUAAACCAGUCAAUUAGCCUUUUGCUAAAAAGGAUUUUUCUCUGGCUCCUGUAGGUGGAACUUCAUGGGAGGAUUUUCUGGACUUCACCACUGGGGAAAUGAAAUGGUCUUUGGAGUGGAGGUGUUGCCAGUUCCCACUCAACGAGAUACAGAGCACUGACCCAAGCAUAUAUGGCAUCGUGGCAGCUGUAGUGCUUCACCUGGGGGAAGCACAAGUGACAGAGAUGGUUAUAAUGUAUAUGUUCAAAAGGUUCCACAGAAUCCUCAUUUAGAAACUUGAUUUUCCAGAAGAGUCUCUGUCAGCUCAUGCCCAAGUCCGGUCCAAUAUCCAGAAGGAACACCAUGCGUCUGGCAAAAUUUUGAGAAGGCUCAAGGCGUUAAAGAAAGCUCAUCUAAAUAAAGGAGGGUUAACGUGACAUUGCAGUUACUUAAUCCUGUAUUGUCCUGCCAUGUGACUGCAGGGAUACUGAAGUGCAGCGUUUCUUUUGCCUGGUGCACAGAUUAUGCUUUCCCUGCCAUCUUCCAGGAUCAGUUGCUUUGUUAAACCUGCCGUGGGAAGGAAAUACAGGGGCAACAAACUUUUUACAGCAAGGCUUCAAGGCACAGUGACAAGCUCACAGGCUGAAGAAUGAAUCAAAGGCAAACCCUACGUUCAGCUUUUGGACGGGUACCAGAAUCAAGGAGAACUACGCUUCGAAGGUGGCAUCGUGAGGACAGCGGAGAAGACAAUGGGCACCCAGAGUGCUAUGGAGAAGAUGAAAGGGGCAGGCAGCACACGCUGACCCCAUUUGAGAAACUAAUGCAGGAUAUGUCCCAUAAUGAAAAGGUGGUGAAAGAAUUAACCUUGGGAAAGAGAAUUGGCUUCUAUCGAGUCAGAGGAGAAAUAGGAAGUGGGAAUUUCUCGCAAGUGAAACUUGGAAUUCAUGCCCUAACCAAAGAGAGAGUUGCAAUUAAGAUUUUGGACAAGACAAAGCUAGACAGGAAGACUCAACGUUUGCUGUCUCGUGAGAUAUCCAGCAUGGAAAAACUGCACCACCCAAAUAUCAUCAGGCUGUACGAAGUGGUGGAGACGCUCUCAAAGCUGCACCUGGUGAUGGAGUAUGCGGGAGGUGGGGAGCUCUUCACUAAAAUCAGUACAGAAGGGAAGCUGCUAGAAACAGAGUGUAAAAUAAUCUUCUCCCAGAUUGUGUCUGCUGUCAAGCACAUGCACGAGAAUAAUAUCAUUCACCGGGACUUGAAAGCAGAAAAUGUCUUCUACACCAGUAACACCUGUGUUAAGGUGGGAGACUUUGGAUUCAGCACAAUAAGUAAGAGAGAUGAAACUUUAAAUACUUUCUGUGGCUCUCCUCCCUAUGCUGCCCCCGAACUCUUCCGAGAUGAAAACUAUGUUGGCAUUUAUGUAGACAUCUGGGCACUGGGAAUCUUGUUGUACUUCAUGAUGACAGGCAUCAUGCCAUUUCGGGCAGAUACGGUGGCCAAACUGAAAAAAUGCAUUCUUGAAGGGACAUACAGUUUGCCUCCCUGCCUCUCAGAAACCUGCCAGAAACUGAUAAAAGGAGUCCUUCAGCCAGUACCAACUGAACGAUACUCAGUCAAACUUAUUAUGAACAGUGAAUGGAUGCAAGGAAUACCCUACCCCAAACCUUUACAGCCAUUUAAACUGGAUCCAAAGUAUUUAUCAGACAUCAGUACGCUCAAAGAGGAAGAAAUCGAAGUGAAAAAUAUUCUGGAAGAUCUGGGAAUCACAGAAGAGCACAUUCAAAAUAAUCGGGGGAGAGAUGCGCGCAGCUCCAUAACAGGGGUCUACAGAAUUGUUUUGCACAAAGUACAGAAGAAAAGGGCACUUGAGUGUGUUCCGAUCAUGUCCCAUCCGGACCCCAAAGAACACAACGUGAGGAGCAGAAUCAGUUCUUACAGCGGGGUAAAGCACACCUCCAAGCUGUGUUCUAUUUUAUAAAUUGCACUGCAAGGCUUUAUGCUUGGCACAUUUAACAAAAGGGUUUUAUUCACUUGUCACAAGUUCUGGUGUGACUUUUUUUGUAAUUUUUGAAUAAACCAAAAAUGCCUCA